GAAAGUUCGAAGCACGAGCACGGCGAUUUUGUCGGAACAGAUUUCCCCUCCGGAGCCUGAGGUUGCUUCCUCAAUCCUGUGCAAGUGCAAGCUUUGAAGUUGCUGACGCGUCACGGGGUUGUGAUGCAUCUCUCGAUUUCAAGCUUCUCUUUCUCUCUCAAGACUUCUGCGCGCACCACCCUCAUUUAGACAGGUUUUGCAGCUGCCACGCUCUGUCCUUAAAAAGGCCAAGAUGGCUUCUCAGGUGGCGACGCAAUGCUGCACAGUGACUGGCCUAGCAGGGGCGCGGUCUUUGGGGUCGGCGCACGGCCUGCCGGAGGGCUUGAAAGUUAGCCCGGUCAUGAACAGGAAAGUGCAAAGAUCAGCAAGGAAAUCCAGCAUUGUGGCCAUGGUUCCCAAAAAGAAGGUGAACGCUUAUGACGAGGCCUGGACCAAGAGCUUCUUUGGCACAGGCUACUUUGCGGAGAGCAGCGAGACCGCUGGUGCCAACAUCAUCCAGUCUUUGGAGAAGAAGAAGUUGUUGAGCGGGAUCGAGAAGGCCGGCGUUCUUUCCAAGCUUGAGGGCGCUGGGCUGUCCCUGUCCACCAUCGAGAAACUUGGACUCUUGUCAAAGGCCGAGAAAUUCGGUCUAUUGUCACUAGUCGAGAACCUGGCGGGCACAAAUCCGGGCGUCAUUGCGUCAUAUGCCCUACCUUUGUUUGCGGCCUCCAUUGCUAGCAUAGUUUUUAUCCCGGAUGACACUACUGUCCUCCUUGCCCUUCAGUACACCUUGGCAGUUCUGUGCUUAGCUGGAGCCGGGGGUGCUUUCGUGACGGCCUUGGUUUUGGGUGCUCUCCAAGACUAGACAUUGACAGACUGAGUGGACGGUAGUUUGCAUCUCGUGAGUGGUUCGUCUAUAGAAAGUGGGGCCGUUGUAGUAAAUAAACAUGUUAGCCUCUCCCCUCGUUUGGUGGAAAUUGCGCAAUAAGCAGUUUUGCUCCCUCAACAGUCACACGCACGAUAUUAUGUGUGCCACUAUUGAACAAUUGUAGAUUUGUUGUUGGCCCGUUAUUGCCGGUUCACGGGC